UUAACUGUUUCCUCUUUUGUUUUUCUCUGGCAGCAUUGGGAUUCCAUACAAUCUGUUUUCUUGAAACCAUCCACAUUCCAGUGGACCGUGAAUGUCACAGGGGCGGUGCUGCGUUCACUGCCCCCUCCCCCUAAAACCACGAGGCUCGACUGUUGACAGGCCAGUAACCGCCCCUAGACACCCCACAUUCAUUCCGCUCGCUGCCAGACAAAGCCUUUUCUCUCCCCUUACCGGUAAAAACCACCGUCUGGAAGAUGCUCGACAGACACGACAGCUAACCGUUGUUGGAUUUAGGUUCGACCAGGAUUAGGUCCGUGCGGGAAUUUCGCCUUCCAGUCGGGCUUCCGCUCGGGGCCAGCCGAGCGAACAAACCCCGCCUUCCUUUAAUUUGUCAACAAAGGGGUUUGACAAGCUUUAGAAGCCCUGCCCCCAUGUUCCCUUAAAAGGGCAAUUUGGCCAUACACGGCCAACAAUCGAGCCGCGACUACCCUGUUCUUCUUCCCAUCCCGUUCAUAUGGUGCGUUGACUUCCUCCGUCGCUGAUAAAGCGGAGCUAUGAUGGCGGAGCGCGUACAGCAGCCCCCAGCCAAGCGACUCUGCUGUAGACCGGGCUUCGGAGCAACAUGCAGACAAGGCCAGCGGGCCGCGGGGGCACCGUGCGGCGGCUCGGCUGCCACCCAGGGCGGAUCGAGCCGAACCCUGAGCCCGGAGUCCCUGCUGGACAUUGCGGCGAGGAGAGUCGCGGAAAAGUGGCCGUUUCAGCGGGUGGAGGAGCGCUUCGAGAGGAUCCCGGAGCCCGUCCAGAGGCGGAUCGUGUACUGGUCUUUCCCGAGGAGCGAACGGGAGAUCUGCAUGUACUCGUCGUUCAACACCGGCGGGGAGGAGAUCGGAAGUAGCGGGGAGAGCGGCGACGAGACGCGGCUGCCGUUCCGACGGGGCAUCGCUCUGCUGGAGAGCGGCUGCGUGGACAACGUACUGCAAGUCGGGUUUCACCUCAGCGGAACAGUUCGGGAACCCGCCACGUCCUCGGAGCCGGAGCUACUGUGCAACGUGAGCGUCAGCUUCGACCGCUGCAAGAUCACAUCGGUAACAUGCAGCUGCGGCAACAAGGACAUCUUCUACUGCGCCCACGUCGUGGCGCUGUCGCUGUACCGAGUACGGAAACCUGAGCAGGUCAAACUGCGCCUGCCUAUCUCAGAGACUUUAUUCCAAAUGAACAGAGAUCAGCUGCAAAAGUUUGUCCAGUACCUGAUCACCGUGCAUCACACAGACGUGCUGCCAACGGCACAGAAGCUGGCCGAUGAAAUACUGUCACAGAACUCAGAGAUCAACCAGGUCCACGGAGCUCCAGAUCCGACCGCAGGGGCGAGUGUGGAUGAUGAGAACUGCUGGCAUCUGGAUGAGGAGCAAGUCCAGGAACAGGUCAAGCUCUUUCUCUCCCAGGGCGGGUACCAUGGCUCAGGAAAGCAGCUCAACCUGCUAUUCAGCAAGGUGAGAGAGAUGCUGAAGAUGAGGGACUCCAACGGAGCUCGUAUGUUAACGCUGAUCACGGAGCAGUUCAUGGGCGACCCUCGGCUGGCUCUGUGGAGGCAGCAGGGAACCAUCAUGACUGACAAGUACCGGCAGCUGUGGGAUGAAUUAGGCGCCCUGUGGAUGUGCAUAGUGCUGAAUCCUCACUGUAAACCUGAGCAGAAGGCUCUGUGGCUCCUUCAGCUCCGCAGGUGGAGCAACAUGGACGUGUGCCCCUUGGAGGAUGGUAACCAUGGCAGCGAACUGAUCAAUCUGACUAACGUUCUACCCCGGGGCCCGCUGGGCAACCCAGGGUCCCUGGGCUCAAUCAGGAGGACGGAGAAUCCGGUUUCCGCGCCGCAGCCUUUCCUGGAGGAAGGCGAGUCGUUGGUGUCCUUAGCUGUGGAGACGGCUCUGAUUGGUUUAGGGCAGCAGAGGUUGAUGCCAGACGGCCUUUACGUCCAGGAGAAGGUGUGUCGCAAUGAAGAGCAGCUAUUGGCCAGGCUUCAGGAAGUCAAUUUGGACAACAUGUUGGUGAAGAUCCUCCGGAGGCAAGCCACAUUACUGCUGGAGGCUGGUCCUUACAGCGGUUUGGGGGAGAUCCUGUACAGAGAGAGCGUCCCCAUGCACACGUUUGCCAAGUACCUUUUCACCUCUCUGCUACCUCACGACACCGAGCUGGCAUACAGAAUCGCUCUGAGGGCCAUGAGGUUACCUGUCCUCGACUCCACGGCCCCCUCUGCUGAUUUGUCUCGGCCUCCGCACAUCGUGUCGGUGGUGGCCAACCGCUACCCUCGCUGGUUCACUCUCAACCACAUAGAGAGCCAACAGUGUGAGCUGGCUUCCACCAUGCUCACUGCUGCUAAAGGUGACGCCUGUAAGCUUCAAACCGUGUUAGAAUCCAUCCAGAAGAACAUCCACUCGUCCUCUCACAUCUUCAAACUGGCUCAGGAUGCCUUCAAAAUCGCCACUCUCAUGGACAGCCUGCCGGACCUCACACUGCUCAAAGUCUCCCUGGAGCUGGGCCUGCAGGUGAUGAGGAUGACUCUGUCUACUCUAAACUGGAGGAGGAGGGAGAUGGUGCGCUGGCUCGUCACUUGUGCUACAGAAGUUGGUGUGUUCGCGUUGGACAGCAUCAUGCAGAGCUGGUUCACACUCUUCACCCCCACUGAGGCGACCAGCGUCGUGGCGAGCACCGUCAUGUCCAAUAGCACCAUCGUUCGCCUUCAUCUGGACUGCCAUCAGCAGGAGAACCUGGCCAACUCCGCCCGCACCCUGGCCCUGCAGUGUGCCAUGAAGGACCCUCAGAACUGUGCCCUGUCAGCUUUGACGCUUUGUGAAAAGGACCACAUUGCCUUUGAGACAGCCUAUCAGAUUGUACUGGACGCAGCCACCACAGGAAUGAACUACACACAGCUGUUUACAAUUGCACGCUACAUGGAGCAUCGUGGCUAUCCCAUGAGGGCAUACAAACUGGCCACAUUAGCCAUGACACACCUGAACCUCAGCUACAACCAGGACACACACCCGGCCAUCAACGACGUGCUCUGGGCAUGCGCUCUCAGCCACUCGCUGGGGAAGAACGAGCUAGCGGCAGUCAUCCCCUUGGUGGUAAAGAGUGUGAAGUGCGCCACUGUCCUGUCCGACAUUUUGCGUCGGUGCACUCUGACGACACCGGGCAUGGUGGCUCUGCACAGUCGUAGGAACUCUGGGAAGCUGAUGUCUCUGGACAAAGCUCCACUCAGGCAGCUACUGGAUGCCACAAUCGGGGCCUACAUCAACACGACACACUCUCGGCUAACGCACAUCAGCCCGCGCCACUACAGCGAGUUCAUCGAGUUCCUCAGCAAAGCCAGAGAGACGUUUCUGAUGGCGCCCGACGGACACAUUCAGUUCACGCAGUUCAUAGACAACCUGAAGCAGAUAUACAAGGGCAAAAAGAAGCUCAUGAUGCUUGUUCGAGAGAGAUUUGGUUGAAACAGGAUCAGAAAAAUAGAAUGAACGUAUUACUUAAGUAUCCAUUUUUAUCCUCUCUAACUUGAAACAGAAAUCCAGAAAUCCACGUACGACAUUCACAGUAACCCUAUCCUUGUGAUCUGGAACCAAUGGAUCUGACAUGAAGAACAUUUUCCUGAAGGUAGAUGACCAAGAUUGUGAAGAUGUUCAAUGAGGGGUCCAAAGCAGUAGGGACAAGACAUGAAACAUGUUUUAAAUGAAUUUCCCCUAAACGCGACACGUUGUAACCAUCGGCAUAUGUUAUAAAAAGCCCCCGAUGGUGAAAUGGAGGUUGAAGCUGAGAUGAAACAAACCCCCCAGUGGCUGGCUGUAGUACCACCCUCCUCGCUACCAACAAUUGGAUGGAAGAAGAAUACCCCUCAGGUCUUUUUUCCAGAGGCUACUCCUGUUGCUUUACAAAUAUUACUAUUUUUUCCUCUCACAUGUAAUUUGUUAUUUGAUCCUAAAAGUCACCGUAGUUUCCAAAAGUAAAGCAUAGCAGCACCUGUAAAUGAGGUAUGUUAUGGCUUCCCAACCAUAUGCCGAUGGUUUGAAUCCAAACAACCAAAACCCAACUUCAAGGGGCCGGAUGCAUAAACCUGUGUGUGGAUUUAGGAAGUUCUGACUCCACCCGCGUCUGCUCCUGUUUGACUUGGUGGGUGCAAAGAUGGAGGGAAAAAUUCACCCUUUACUAGAUAAAAUAGCCAAAGCUGCAAUGGCAAAGCUGCUAAACAAGUUAGCCUUUAAACACCAACACUGUCACAGAGCCCUCACCUGUCCUCUAUCGCCCCUAGUCCACUUCCGUCUAAAGCCUACUGCACACUAGAAGCAUCAGCGGCGCCGCACGUCGCUGCUUCAAAUAGAAUCCGUAGAAUCUAUGGAAUGGUUUCAAACCAGUCGUGACGCAGCAAUUUUCAGGUGCGUCCCAGAUGCGACGCUCCACUAACAGUAGGAUCAGGUUCUAUUUUUUCUAAGAGCUGUUUCUGGGACAUGCAAAUUUCUGCAUAGGGCUAGACAGGAAAUCACACACUGUUUCAGUGUGACAUCCCCAGUAACUUUCAAAAUAAAAGACUAUUGCAAUGAUGCAAUUUCAUAUCUAUGUAGAUUAUGUCUAUACUUGUGACCUAAUGGCCUAUUUACGUCUUGAAUCGUUUGAGAAGUGCAGCGGUGUGUUUUUCAUAGCUUUAAUCCUGGAAGUGGAGAGGAACAACAUCAUCCAUGACCUCAAACAGCGACAUUAAUCAUGAAACUGUCAACUUUCCGAGGGAUCUCGUGAGUCCAGCGAGGAGCACGGUGAGGAAGCCGUUCCACGGCCAAGAUUCCCGGUGUGUACUGGACCGCCUUGAAGCUCACAAGGAAACCAUUCCUCUGCCGUUCUGAACCGCUGAUGCUUCCAGUGUGCAGUAGGGGUAAUACCAGAACGCGCUUUGUCCGAGUAAACGAGGUGGCGCUACACACAAUUCGCUGUUUUUCUAGGCCCAAACAUCUUUAGUUGUCCGUGACUUCAAAUGGUGAUUUUCUUUUAUGUUGGGACUGAUAGUUUGUCUAAAAGUUGAAGUGGUAGCAGCCGGCUGUUUCUCCUUCUCUGAUACUGAGUGGAGAACCUCUCACACCAGUGGUGUUCUGCCGCUGAAGACGUGAGUGUGUGAUGAGUGGAGGACCCAGGGAAAUGCGGAAGUGCUGAGGUUGCGUGAGGUCACUCACUGGAUGGUCCAAUAGUUGGAUUUGGAUCGAGCCGUGUUAUUGGCUGACGUUUUUAGACAAAUUUGAGAGAACCGCUUUAUAUUUUUUAUUUCUUUAUCUCCACAAUCUUUUUAUAGCUAAUCUAGAUUAGAACGUUGUUAAGAGGCAUUAACGUUUUAGCUAGCUUGUUAUGGGGUAGCUUUAAUACGCUGGUGCCCAGUGUAAUUUUUAUCUUAAAUAAAACAAAAGGCGUUCAGCAGGUUUCCCCGCCCCUAGUGUCAUUAUAUAAUGCCCUUUAUUCAGCGGAGCUGAACUCUGAGGCAAACUUGACCAAAAGUGAGAAGGAAGUUAAAGUUAUGACACAAGACGCCUCGGCACUUUAACCUUUUAUAGGCAUUUUGUUAUCAGACAGAUAUUAACUAGCGAUUCACCAAAUCGUUGAUAUGAUGAUGUGUGGGUUCAUGUGAGGUCAUGUGUAGGGAUUGCUUUAAAGCUCAAACAAAGUCUUUCAAAUAAAGGUAGAAAUUCCCCAGGAAGUGAGUGUUUCAUGUAAAAUUAAUAAUAGUUACUGAGUCAGCUUGGCUUAAACCAGUUUUUCACUAGACUGUUAACAAGGAAGUUUCUAGAAUGUCCUGUAACGUUAGGAAAUCGCUCUCAAACAGCUGGAAUUUUACAUUUUCUCUCAAAAUAAAGUCCUUUGCUACAUUUUAAGCCCAUUCUAACUGGAUAUCUGCGUAAUUUCCCACAAGGUGGGACACAGUCAGGAGCACCGCUGGGGUGAGAGGUGAGGUUCGGAUGAUUCAGACGGCCAAUGACUGACAGGACCCUAAAACGUGUUGUUUUAAUUUAAUUAUUAUUUUAAAAAUCACACUUUAAAAUGACUUUGAAAUCAGUUCUGGUGCAUAUUAGAUACAAAAAGCUUUAAGACAACAUUUAACAGGAAUUUCGGCACAUCUGCAAGAGUUUAAAAGUCUAAUGUCUGGAAGUUUUUUUUUUUUACAGUGUAGCUAGAUCUAAAAUUUUUAAUAAUUAGAUUUUCAAAAAUAGUUUGUUUCAUCUGAGUGGUUCAGUGAAGCAGGAAAAAUGAAAGAAGAAAACAAACAUACCAGAAGAAUUUAUACGUUUAUUUAGCAGACAAUUUAGUCCAAAUCCAUUUAAAAUUAUGUCAUUCUGUUUUCAGACAUUUAAAUGGCUAGAUUUGUCACUUUAGUUGUAAUAGUUGGCAACAAAGAUGGGAACAUUUCAAGCAGGUUUGAGUCAAACAGUGUUACGUGGAAUGGUGAAGCCUUAGUACGCACAGCAGAGUUUAUGCAUCCGAUCCCACUGAGUGUAUCCGGAAGCAUCCAGCCGACUUUUGCAUUCCUCCUUCCCUCAGCUAAGGCUUACAGCCUCAAAGAGAAAACAAAAAGGCUUUAAACCAAAUGGAGCCACUCCAUCUGAAGUGAUGAGUACGUCUUUAAAGGAUCCAGCUUUACUCCUUUUCCCCUCCUGGUCCAUCUACUGGAGAUAAAGUCAUUCUACUUUAGCUUUAGAGUGCUGCCUCCCACGUUCAGGACGCUCAUUUUACAAACCCGUCACCCCAAAAACCUGACAACAACCUGUCAGAGCUCCAAUGGAAACUGUCAACACACUCUCAGGGAUUUCUCUAAAAAAACAGGCAACAAACAAGUAAAAAAGCAUUUUAUUGUCCUGUAUAUAUGGAAGUAUAUGUCUGAUUACUGAAAAAUGUAUAUGUGAACUAAUUUAUGAAAGAAAUUCUAUGUAAGGCACAAAACUUGAAGCUGCAUUUUAAUUUAAUUUCAUGUUUUUGCUUUUGGGGACAAAACAUAUCAGUUGGACAUUAAAGCAGAAGGGAAGAAUCAGAUCGAGCUACAGGAAGUGGCUGGCUGUAAGACAGGAAGUGGUCCUCUGUGUAACGUCCACACUUCUCGUUCUCACAUGUGGGCUUUGUGCAGGACGGAGAGGUGCUCUCGUCCAGCGGGUCGCAGCUGCUUCCUUACUCCGUUUCUUCAGCUUUUUUGUUUUCCUCACAAGAAAAGCCUUCUUUGUUGCCUUGUCUUAAUGCUUUAAAAUAACCAAAUGGGAGUUGUAAACUACCAAACUCUUUUCAUACGCCAACCAUCUUGUGUUACAGUCUUGUAGAGUCUUUGAAUAGUAGCUGGACCGGCUCUGCAUUGUGUGCUUUAAAAAGCUCAUCUCAGACUUUUUGGUGUUGUCCGUUCGUAGCGCCUUCCUUUAGAAAUGAGUAUGCUCCUUUUCUAAUUUAUUACUUUAAGUAAACGAUUGUACGACCAUGCUCAUGAAGUCAAAACUAAGAUUUGAUACACUGAUCGAUUUAUUUAUGUAACUAAAUCACUGUUUUAUAUACUUGUUAUGGAAUCAACACUUUGUUUUGAUUAAAUUGUUUUUUUCAGAGGA